AUGCGAUAUCUUAUACCUUUUGGUAAGCAAAUUGGUAGUACUCUAGCUAGGCAAGGCUUAGAAUCUAGCAAUCGGGUUUUAAGUAAUGUUAUAGAAGGAAAAAAUCUUAAAGAAUCACUUGUCGACGAGGGAAAAGCUGGAUUAAAAAAUUUGCUUCAAAAGGCUGCAGACAAUAUUCAAAAACAAAAAGGAGCUGGCUUUGAUUUUAAGCGUUAUAAAAAUAUAAAAAAGAACCCGGCUAUUGGCCAGAUGAAUAAUGAAGAGCAAAACAUUGAUUUGAAAAGUAUAAAUAAGAGGCCUUUUUCUACGAUUGGUCCUCCUAACUUCAUUCCAAAAUCUUUACAAACAACGCGCAAAAAAUCUAUUAAAAAGCGAAUUCGCGUAGACACAUUAGGUACUUACUAAAAUGAGCUGCACCAAAAAGAUUAAUGAAAAUAGUCCUUUAGCUCUUAAUAGCGCCCUUAGUAUAUUCACUGUUCCACCUACAAAUGUUUCUGUCGUUCGGUCUUUUUUUAGAGAAAUUCUUCCCCUUAGUACAAUUACC